AUGUUGCAAAAGAAAAACUCGGAUAAAGAGAAUGCUUGUUAAAAUAAUACAGAUAUAUCAAAGCCACGAAUCAUAGGAGAUUAUUAAUUAGGUUUGGAGUUAUUUGUAUUUGAGUUAAAACUCUUGGGGUUGGCACAUUUGGUCUAGUUAAAUUGGGUUUGCAUCAAAUCACUGGAGAGAAGGUGGCCAUAAAGAUUUUGGAAAAGGAACGAAUAAUAGAGGUGGCAGAUGUAGAGAGAGUUUCAAGGGAAAUACAUAUUUUAAAAUUGAUUCGACAUAGACAUGUGAUUUAAUUAUAUGAGGUAAUACUCAUAUUAACAGAAGAUUAUAGAAACAAAGAAGCACAUCUUUUUAGUUAUGGAAUUUUGUGAUAAUGGCGAACUCUUUGAUUAUAUUGUAAAGAACGAGAAGUAAAUAGUCAAAGAUAAUUUCUUAGAUUAGAUGAAAUAGAGGCUUGUCGCAUAUUCUAAGAGCUGAUUUCAGGCAUAGAAUAUAUUCACAAACUGAAUAUUGUUCAUAGAGAUUUAAAACCAGAAAAUUUACUAUUAGAUCAUUAAAACCAAAUUAAAAUAGUAGAUUUUGGACUAUCAAACACUUAUAAAUAAGGUGAAUUGCUGAAAACUGCUUGUGGAAGUCCUUGUUAUGCUGCUCCAGAGAUGAUAGCUGGUCAUAGAUACCAAAGUAUCUUAGUUGACAUUUGGUCAUGUGGCGUUAUCUUAUUUGCUACUAUUUGUGGUCAAUUACCCUUUGAAGAUAAGCACACCAGUGACUUAUAUAAGAAAAUACUGGGUGGUUAAUAUACAAUACCUUCUCAUGUGUCCUAAGAUGGACAAUAAUUUCUGAAAGGACUACUAAACACAGAUCCUGCCAAACGUUUUAAUCUGGAAUAAAUUAAAUAACACCCCUGGUUUAGGCUGUAUAAUAGAGUUCAGUCUAUUCCCUAAGGAAUUAUUAUUGGAUAUAGCAGAAUCCCUAUAGAUGAUGCGAUCGUUGAUUAAUUAGCAACCAAAGGAUUUAGUUCAGAUUAUAUAAAGAAAUGUCUUGAUGCUAACAAGCAUAACAAUCUAACUACAGCUUACUUUCUAAUUUUAAAGAAGCAUCUCAUGAAUGGUGGAUAAUCUGUUGCAGAUAUUAAUUCAAGCAAUUUUAAUGAAAAACUAUUGGAACCUGCAACUCGUCCUUAGAAACGUAGACUUUACAUUUAUUUUUAGCACCCAUCAGCACUCUUUUAGAUGGAUCAAUCAUGAAAACGCUUACACAUAAUAGAUCUGGAUCAUGUCAGACAAAUAAGAAGUCCAACACUCAAACCAGAGGACUUUCUAUUCCUACUACUGAAGAUACUAGAUCCAACUAUAAUGGAUCUAAAAAUUAUUAAACUUCAUCAUUAUCCAUAGAAGUACAAUAAUUUAAAUAAUCCAAAUAGGAUUAAUCCUUCCACAUAGAAAGAAAUAAAUCUUAAUCGUUUUAAUAGACUAAUAACAAGAAGAUGACAACUGAUAUAUAAAUUAACGAUACUCUAAAUAAAACCACAUAUUUGGCCACUUGCAAAAGAUCUUCCAAUACAUCAACUGUAUCUCCUGCACAUUAGAAUAUAUUACUUUAAUAUUUGAGUAUAAUUUUAUGUCAUUCUAGAAUCCUCUACUAAGAAUGGGACUCCAACUGCUCAUAGGGGUAGUUCAUAACCUAAAAUACCAUAUAAUAGUAAGACAACUAAAAAUCAAAAGAAUUCUUAUUAAAAUUUUGAUACUUGUUCUGCUUAAGAUAAGAAAAAGGAAAACAAACCAAUUAACUUAAUGGAUACUACCAAUAUUGAAUGUAAAAAGAGAUCAUUACAUAUAGAUGGGGUAAAAUAAUUUAAUUUAACUUUUAGGAUCUUUCUAUGCCAGCAAGCACAAAACCUCAAUCAAUGCCAUAUCAACUUUGGUUGAAAAUAAAUAGUAGAAAAGGAUCAAGGGAUCAUAGCGGAGGAGGCUAAAAGACUAAAAAAGCAAAUAGUAACACUACAAAGGCUAACAUUAAUUAAAGCUUCAAUUUUGACAAAAGAGUUUGA